AUGCGCAUUCGCUUUCCCAGCCGUCCACUACUCUCCUCUCCCACCAGCUCUUGCCGUCGCGGUUUUUACCAUGCCUUUCCUCGGGCAAGGAUCCCCAACCAUCCCAUUUUCGAAAACAGUCUUGAAAAGACGCUCGAGGAACACCGAUCCGCAAACCGGCAGAGCUUGAUACGCAAGGUCAAGGUUGGGCCUCGGUGUAAAGGAGAACAACGUCCAUGGCUGGUCCAUGUCGGCCCGCAUGCUUUCCCAAGCGGCUUUUCGCAGCUUGAUGCCGAGAUUCGCGCCCUCGAAAGAUACAUGACACCAACUUCCCUGGAAACGGAGGCCAUACACCAAGUCGUGUCUGAAAUUACCCAGAUCGUCGAUAAAUCCGUGCGAUGUCCGCUACAGAUCAUCGGGUCUCGCCGUACAGGAUUUCAAAUGAGCCAUUCAACCCUCGAUCUUAUGCUCCAUGUGACGGAUCCAGCACGCUCGCCGAACAGCAUCAGGAAGCCAAGUGCAACGCGUCUGAAGAACCUUCGUCACUACCGCAAGCUAUUAGUCGCAGUCUCCUCCGCCCUCAAACAGGACCCAAACUACACCGUGAACAUUGACGAGGCCCCCAAACCAGGCUCAACGGCGAUUCACCGGCCCACGGGUCUCCAAAUUCACCUCAGCUGCGGCGAGGAGCUCCCCGCCUACAUCGAAUAUACUCAGGACUUCCUCGCAGAGUAUCCCUCCCUGCGGCCCCUCUACAUUACGACCCGCCUGAUACUCGAGACACGCGGUCUCUUCGGCUCUGCCAAAUUCUCAAUCGACCCUGUUGCACUCCAGACCAUCCUUGCCGCCUUUCUCAAAAUUAAUCACGGCCGCUUUCCACGCUCCACAGCAGGUGCCAGCUACGCCGAACCCCUUCUCGCUUUCCUCCACACUUUCGGCUCCGGGAUUGAUCUAACAACCACUGGUGUCGCUGUUGAUCCUCCGGGUUUCUUUAACGCUGACUCCGUGAAAGCAGCGGCAGCUACACCUACAACGCCGAGCACUGAGUACGACGCGGAAGACGAUCUCCCCGCUCAUAUUCGUGGGCAACGGGCACUCAUAACUGCGAAGAAGAACGCCGCAGUCCAAGGCAACAAGGCUCUUGCUGAGCGUCUAUGUGUGCAGGACCCGGCGAAUUAUCUAAGAGAUUUAGGGGGCUCUUGUAUGCGGACGGUGGAAAUUCAAUCUGCUUUCGAGAAUGCCUAUACCCGUCUGUCAGCUGCAAUUGAUAACUGGGAACCGUCUGAUCCGCGUGAUGGCGGUCCCCUGUCCCGUAGCAUUUUGAGCAGUGCUCUGCGCGCGAACUUUGAGGAUUUCGAGGCUCGAAGGACCAAAAUCGUUGGUAACGGGGAACCAUCUGACCAGCCACUAGGUACUAGAAAAUAG